AGGUAUGGUUUCAACGACAGUAGUACAGUAAAACUUUCACGAAACUUUUUACUAAAAAUCAGAUUUUUUUUCACUGUUUGUCGCUCGUGAAAAGAUCUUAUUUUAAUCAGAUUGGUCAUGUAUAAAGUAGCCUAGUCACUGAGCUUGAAACAAGAAUAGCCUUAGAAACAUGAUUAUUUACUAUGAUUAGCUGGCUUUGAACUAGAUUUCAGUACUUGUAAUGGCAAUAUAAUGAGUGACGAAAAUGUAUGUUCAGUGUGCUAUGAUACAUUCAAAUUUCCCAAAAUGCUACCAUGCAAACAUUCAUUUUGUAUAUCAUGUCUUCACGAAUUUUUGGGAGGUUUACAAGAUCAGUCAAACUUAAUAUGUCCGUUAUGCAGGGAACCUUGUUAUGUACCAGAAAAGGGAUUUACCGACUUCCCAACUAAUAACUUUGUUCCAGUCGAGAAACCACCCAAAGUGUGUCAAGAAUGCCAUAAACUACCCGUGUACCAAAAUUGUUUUUUAUGCAGUACAGUUCUGUGCAAAAAAUGUAAUCGAAUGCAUUCGCAUACUAAACAUGCAACCGAACGAAUACGCGGUGACGACAGUGACGACGAAAACAUCGUCAGUCUUCCUCCACAUUUACAUUGGCAUCUUAUGCAUCAAAAUAUGAAGACUGAGUUUUUAUGCAAACAAAAUUCUAUGUUUGUCGGCGAGUUUCUUCCUAUUGAAGAAAUCAGAAAAACUGUCCGAUCUAUGGCAUUUUCAAGAAAUGGUGGCGUUUUUGUCAGACUGGAUAAGAACGAAUUUCUCUUAAAGUACGACAAACAUGGGAAAAUAAUGGACAGAAUUCCGUUGCCAGCAGAAGCAUCAACUGUACUGGAAAUAAAGAAUGGAUGUAUUUUGCUCGCACAUAUAGGGGCUAAGGUUGUUGGUUGUUACAAUCCACCCAAAUUUCAAGUCUUUGCAAGAACGCCAACUUUUCAUCCGAUUGGUUUAGCGGAACUUCAAAAUGAAAACAUUGCGGUCAGUGGACCAACACAUCUAUGCAAUGCAGAGUGUAAAGAUGGUGACUGUGAGUUGUCAAAUAGUAGUCCUGGUGUUCUGCACAUUUAUACAACACAAGGAAAGCUACUGCAAGAAAUAUCCAAAGACGCAAUGGAGUAUAUCUUUAAGUGCCCGACUCAAAUGGCUUCCAGUUAUAAGGCUGGAACCAUUGCUGUAUGUGACACUAAAUUUCAUAAAGUUAUAGUACUGGAUUACGACGGAAAAGUGAGAGGAUUGUAUAAAGGCUGGAGAAAAUUGCCGUUCUCUCUAUUUACGGACGGAGAACCAUUCCUUCCUCUCUCCGUUUGCACAACUGCAGACGGAAAUUUUAUCGUGGCUGAUAUUUAUAAAGAAUGUUUACAUGUCCUUAGUCCGCUUGGAAAAUUUAUAGGCAUUAUGCGCGGUGAGGAAGGUGACUCUUUAAUAGAGAGCAGUGCUUUAUGUGUCGAUUCCGAACAAAACAUUUGGGUUGGUCACCAUUCCCAAGGAACAAUUACAGUUCUUAAGCCUAGUCGUCUGAAUAAUAUUUUUGAUCAGAGGCACUUUCCCUUCCUUCAUGGUGAAGAACUCCGAUUACCAUUGUUUCCUGAACUUAAUCUUGACGGGAACUAGAUGACAUGUCUUGGUUUUGACUCUACAAUAAUUAGCCCAAACAAGUAAUUGUGUACAUGUACUUAAAUAUGUUCAUAGAGACAUAUAUUUCAUUCAUUUUUUGUUGUUCUAUGCGAUAAAGUAAUGUUGUUGUAGAUGAAUCAAGUAUAUAUUUAUAUAUUGAAAAGUUAUAAAAUUUGUCCACGCUGUGCAUAAAACAGGACAAAAAUAAGACUGAAAAAAGAUUUUUUUCCUAUAUAAAUAUAUAUUUAA